AUGAGGCUAAAGAGUUCAGAUUAUGCUGGUGACUUAGACAAACGCCGGUCAACAACAGGGUAUUUAUUUACGCUUGCUAAAGGGCCGGUAAGUUGGAGGUCAACGCUUCAGUCAACGGUGGCUUUGUCUACUACAGAGGCAGAGUGCAUGGCAGUGACGGAAGCCUUUAAGGAAGCUAUUUGGCUACAUGGGUUGAUUGAAGACUUGGGAAUUGUUCAGAAGCACGUUGAGGUGUUUUGUGACAUUCCCUGGUAUGCCCCCGAUACGCAACAAUUUCAUGCAUACUUUGGCUUCUUUUCAGGUACCUAUGAAGCCCUUGAAUUAAGAGACGGAGGGUCAGACUACCUUGGGAAAGGUGUAUCGAAGGCUGUUGAGAAUGUCAACACAGUUAUUGCUCCUGCUCUCAUUGACAAGGACCCAAGUGAACAGGUUGCCGUUGAUAACUUCAUGGUUCAACAACUUGAUGGAAUUGUAAAUGAAUGGGGUUGGUGCAAGCAAAAGCUUGGGGCGAAUGCCAUAUUGGCCGUGUCUCUUGCUGUUUGCAAAGCUGGGGCUAGUGUUAAGAAUAUUCCCCUUUACAAGCAUAUUGCCAACCUUGCUGGAAACAAAAAGUUGGUGUUGCCAGUUCCUGCUUUCAAUGUGAUCAAUGGUGGAUCACAUGCAGGAAAUAAGCUUGCCAUGCAGGAGUUCAUGAUUCUUCCUGUGGGAGCCUCCACUUUCAAAGAGGCAAUGAAAAUGGGUGUGGAAGUGUAUCACCAUUUGAAGGCUGUGAUUAAAAAGAAAUAUGGUCAGGAUGCAGUAAAUGUUGGUGAUGAAGGGGGCUUUGCUCCCAAUAUUCAGGAGAACAAGGAAGGCCUUGAAUUGCUUAAAAUGGCUAUUGCAAAAGCUGGUUAUACAGGAAAAGUUGUUAUUGGAAUGGAUGUUGCUGCAUCUGAAUUUUAUGGAUCAGACAAGACCUACGAUCUCAACUUCAAGGAAGAGAAAAAUGAUGGCUCUCAAAAGAUAUCAGGGAAGCAACUCAAAGAUCUCUACAAGUCAUUUGUCACUGACUACCCUAUUGUAUCAAUUGAAGAUCCAUUUGACCAAGAUGACUGGGAGCACCACUCCAUGAUGACAAGUGAAAUUGGUGAAAAAGUACAGAUUGUUGGAGAUGAUCUCUUGGUCACCAAUCCCAAGAGGGUUGAGAAGGCAAUCAAGGAGAAAAGUUGCAAUGCACUUCUUUUGAAGGUUAAUCAAAUUGGAUCUGUAACUGAGAGCAUUGAAGCCGUAAAAAUGUCUAAACACGCUGGUUGGGGUGUAAUGGCCAGCCACCGCAGUGGAGAGACAGAAGACACUUUCAUUGCUGAUCUCUCUGUGGGUUUGGCAACGGGCCAAAUAAAGACAGGAGCUCCAUGCAGAUCGGAGCGUCUUGCGAAGAACAAUCAGCUCUUGAGAAUCGAGGAGGAGCUCGGUUCUUUGGCAGUGUACGCUGGAGCAAACUUCCGCAUGCCUGUUGAGCCCUAUUAGAUGCCGAGAUUGGUGUGUUGAAGACAGUUUUUCAAGCGGCAUUUCGACAACUUUGGAGUUUCACUUGCAGUGAAUAAAUUAAUCUACAAGUAGAAUUGGUCCGUCUAAUUAGACUAGACAACUAUUCUUAAUAAUUUAUAACUCAAAAAAAAGUUUUGUGAUGAAUACUAUAUAUAUGAUAUUGCAAUCUGAAAAUGCAUUGCUGAAUGAUAAUGAACUGAUGGGUUCUUUCU